AUGUGGGUUGGUGCACAGAGUUGGAGCUGGUGUUGGUGUUCGGUAGUGUUGCUCUUCUGCGCGCCGCCGCUGGAGGCGCUGCCGCUGGUGCACCCUAGCGCCGCCACCCCGCAGUGGCUGGAUCUCAGCCACCCCCUGGACAACACCAGCCACCACUGGCCCGGCUUCCUCGGCUUCAACCUCACGCUGAUGAUCAACGGCUCUGUGACCCCGGACGUCUGGGCUGCCCUGCACAACUUCGCCUCCUCAGAGCACACGGGCACACACAUGGACGCGCCGAUCCACGUGGGGCGCGACGGCACGUGGAGUGUGGACCAGAUUCCCGCCGACCGACUGGUGGGACACGCGGCGAUGAUAGACAUCGCUGACCGCUGCCAGGCCGAUCCCGACUCCAUCCUCACCACAGAAGACCUGGCCGAAUGGAGAAAACAGCACGGCCAGUUUGUGUACCCGACCAUCCUGCUCGUGCGUACUGGACAGGCGGCACACCGCGACAACAUCAACAGAUACCUAGGCCUGCCUGAAGGAUACCAGUUCCAUGAGCAGGGGUUCUCUUUCGACCCCCACGAGCUGCCGCCGCUGCGUUUUCCGGGCAUUGGUAAGGCGGCGGCCGAUGAGCUGGCCGCUGAUGACGCCGUGGUGGGUGUUGGAGUCGACUGUCUGUCCCUGGACCAGAGUGCCAACCUCCGUCUGGAGGCGCACCACGCGCUCUUCGCGCGCAACAAGUUCGGACUGGAGAACGUCGCCGACCUGAGUCGUGUGCCAGCCACCGGGGCCACCGUCAUGGCUCUGCCGAUGAAGAUACGUGGUGGUACAGGAGGACCAGCCAGAAUUCUGGUCCGCCUUCCAGAGGAAGGUAGCCAGAGCUAG